GCUAAAGCAAAAUUCUGCCCCUCUAUUGUAUGUUAAAUUGGUCCAAAAUUCUGCGUCAGUUCCAUGCUAAAGUUUUGGAGAAAUUAUCCCCAAAAGGAGCUGCAAAGAUCUCCUAGUACUUGACGAUGGGGGCCACUACUAGCAGUGCCUUAACUUUAACGAGAUGCUCUCUCUCUCACUCUCACUCUCACCUUUACCGCAACGCUAUCUUCAAUUCCAUGCGUAACACUUCUCUUCGAUUCUCCUCAUCCCCGCCAAUCAACAAUGCCAGAGCCGGAUCAUCAAGUUAUGAAGCAUUGCUGUUGGAUGCCGGCGGCACGCUUUUGCAAUUACAAAACCCCGUUGAACAAACCUAUGCAUCUAUCGGAACCAAAUAUGGUUUGAAUUUGACUCCAGCUCAGAUAAAGCAAGGAUUUAAGAGGGCGUUUUCUGCUCCGUGGCCUGGAAAGCUACGUUACGAGGGAGAUGGGAGGCCAUUUUGGAAACUUGUAGUUUCUGAAGCCACUGGUUGCAGUGAUGAAGAUUAUUUUGAGGAAGUUUACAAGUAUUAUGCAAAUGGAGAUGUGUGGCAUCUUCCAGAUGGAGCUUAUGAAACAAUUACUCUUCUCAAGGAUGCCGGAGUUAAGAUGGCUGUUGUAUCCAACUUUGAUUCCCGCUUAAGGAAACUAUUGAAGGAUCUUAAUGUUUUGAAUCUGUUUGAUGCUGUCAUUAUAUCCUCUGAGGUUGGAUAUGAAAAACCAGACCCGAGAAUAUUUCAAGCUGCUCUAGAUCAAGUAAAUGUAGAAGCUAACAAAGCCUUACACAUUGGCGAUGAUGAAAAGGCUGAUAAACAUGGGGCAAAUGCUCUGGGGAUAGAUUGCUGGUUGUGGGGGGUUGAUGUGAAGUCAUUCUGUGAGAUAAAAAUCCGGAUACUCGAUUCAAACUGAUAGCCCUGUUGAUGGAAACCGUGAAGUUUUUUUUUUAUGUGUUUCUUCCUUUUUCCUCUCUUCAUCUGAAUCAUGCAUGUGAUUUGUAGCACCAAUUUCUCAUUUGCGUGCUUUUGUGAUUGAAUAAUGUUGUUGUCCUGAUUUUCCAUACAUAUUAGCAGAGACGUUGAUGUGAUAUAAACAUGGUUUCAGCUGAAGUUCGAAUAGAAAUUGCUGUAACUAA